GGCUUCUGAUUUCGACGCUGCAUUAACCUGGCCAACGUUGUCUUAUAGGUAAGGUCAAGCCUUCUUAUCGUACAGGUAUUGUGCCCAUUUCUUCUCAGCUUGGUUCUCAGCUUUGUUGCCACUGUUUCACACCUAAUCCUUCCACGUUGCUUUCAUUCAAAACUUCUUCCAAGAUGGUCAAAGCACCGUGGCAGGACGUAGCACAAAUUGCUCAGGAUCUACGGGCCAAGUCCAUUGCGGACAUUAAACCUGCCAUUCCAGAUGUACCUAGCCAUGCUGAAAUACCGUUGAAUACGACAUCUAUCCCGAGAAAGUUGCUGGGAGAGGCCGAGCUCAAUAUCACCGAAAGCCCUCCAGAGGAGCUGUUGCGAUCGCUAGCUUCAGGACAGCUGAGUAGCGUCGAAGUCGUUACAGCAUUUCUUCGAAGGGCAGGUAUCGCUCAAACGUUGGCGAACUGCGUCACGGAAGUUCUACCCAAAGCCGCCAUUGAGCGAGCGACAUAUCUCGAUGAGUAUCUCAAAACCAAUAAGAAACCGAUAGGGCCUCUCCAUGGCCUUCCUAUCAGUGUCAAGGAGCAUAUUGGAAUGAAGGGCCUUGGUCUCAACGGUGGUUUCGUCAGCUGGUGGGACCACGUUGGUAAAGAAGAUGCCCACAUCAUCCAACUUCUUCAAAAUGCUGGAUGCGUGCUCUAUGUCCGAACCACACAGCCGCAGUGUCUGAUGCAUCUCGAAACCGCAAACAAUCUCUACGGCGUGACUGUCAACCCUUAUAAUCGCAACUUGACCUCCGGGGGUAGUUCUGGCGGAGAAGGAGUCCUGAUCGCUCUGAAAGGCAGUUGCUUGGGUAUUGGCACUGAUAUCGGAGGGAGCAUCCGCGCGCCGUCCGCCAACAACGGUAUCUGGGGCUUCAAACCGACUUCUUACCGUCUGCCCAUGGGUGGCAUGACGGCGCCCAUGGCGGGAUCAGAGCAGAUUGUUGCAGUCGUCGGUCCAAUGAGCGCCAGCUUUGAAGGCUGCCACGUCUUCAUGAAGACUCUGAUUGAUCAAAAGCCUUGGCUGACGGACCCAGCACUCCUCCCUAUGCCUUGGACAUACCCGCCCAAGGAAAGCUACCUCACCAAACCGGACGGGAAGAAGAAACUGAAAAUUGGCAUCAUCUGGAGCGAUGGUGUGGUGAAACCACAUCCGCCUGUAAUUCGAGCCAUCCAGGACUUGACCGCAAAGCUCAAAUCGAUACCAGAGGUCGAACUGGUCGAUUGGAAACCUUACAAACACGAUCUGGCAUGGGAUGUCAUUUCAGCAUUGUACUUCUGCGACGGAGCAAAGCAGGAGAAAGAGGCACUUGCGUCAAGCGGAGAGCCUUGGCUGCCCUUAACCGAGUUCAUCAUCAAGGAGCAACCACAGGUGCCGGACAGGGAAUUCACCAUUUCCGAAGUGUGGCAACGAACAGUCAAGCGCGACGAGUAUCGCAAGGAAUACGCGAAGGCGUGGAACGAGACAGCGCAGGACGGCUAUCCUGUCGAUGUCAUCCUUUGUCCCGUUGGACCCGGUGCGGCUCCGCCUCUGAAUCAGUCUAGGUACUGGGGUUACACUGCACAGUGGAACCUGCUUGAUUAUCCGGCCAUGAUCUUUCCAGUGACGCAGGUCGACCCCAAGAAGGAUCCCGUGGAGACAGGCUAUCAGCCACUGAACGCGAAGGACGAGUUCAACUACAAGUUGUAUGAGCCGGAGAAGUAUGUUGAUGCGCCGGUGUCGCUCCAGCUUGUGGGCAGGAGAUAUGACGAUGAGAAGGUGUUUGAGGCUAUGGAGUUCAUCCAGAAGUCGGUUGGCCAUUUGCCAUUGGAGUCAUUCAAGUAGAACCGAG